UCAUGACAGUGAACGCACCAUCACAAUCCCGAUCCCGAUUCUCCAUCUUCCUCAAACCAGGCAAGGGACCAACCUGCGUCUGUCACCCACCGUAACAUUUUCCCGCUGACAUACACUCCACCAGACUUUAAAGGACCACAGUCAUGACGGACUCCAAAUAUUUCACAACAAACAAAAAAGGGGAGAUCUUUGAGCUGAAGGCAGAGCUGAACAAUGAGAAGAAGGAGAAGAGAAAAGAGGCAGUCAAGAAGGUCAUCGCUGCCAUGACUGUUGGCAAGGAUGUCAGUUCUUUAUUCCCAGAUGUGGUGAACUGCAUGCAGACCGACAACCUGGAGCUGAAGAAGUUGGUCUACCUUUACUUGAUGAAUUACGCCAAGAGCCAGCCUGACAUGGCCAUCAUGGCUGUCAACAGCUUCGUCAAGGACUGUGAGGACCCCAACCCUCUGAUCCGAGCUCUGGCCGUCCGCACCAUGGGCUGUAUCCGGGUGGACAAGAUCACCGAGUACCUGUGCGAGCCGCUGAGGAAGUGCCUGAAGGAUGAGGACCCGUACGUGAGGAAGACGGCGGCUGUUUGCGUGGCUAAACUUCAUGACAUCAAUGCCCAGAUGGUGGAGGACCAAGGCUUCCUGGACUCCCUGAGAGACCUCAUUGCUGACUCCAAUCCCAUGGUUGUGGCCAACGCAGUCGCUGCCCUGUCUGAGAUCAGCGAGUCUCACCCCAACAGCAACCUGCUGGACCUCAAUCCCCAGAACAUCAACAAGCUGCUGACGGCGCUCAACGAGUGCACAGAGUGGGGACAGAUCUUCAUCCUGGACUGUUUGUCCAACUACAACCCCAAGGAUGAGCGCGAGGCCCAAAGUUGGACGUGUCUGAACCACCUCAACUGA